AUGACUAGAGGUCGAAAUAAUGGACGGCAGUCAAUGUCUUUUGUUACUUCGUCACGCUAUGAGCCGGCAAGUCUCGUUGAUUAUAGUCAAAGUGAGCCAGUACGUUUGUAUCCUCCAGAGCCUGGUCGUGGAUAUCUUGCUGCGCUGCAAUUGCUACAGAACAAGAAAGUAGCCAUCGUGGGACUCCUUAGUACGAGUUUCUCAUCUCCUUCAUGUGCUUUCGCCUUUGCAAACCGCCUCAUUGGUCGAUGCGUCUUUCAAGAUGAUUCAAUGCAAAGCACUACUAUUGAAAAGGACGUCAGAUUACCUGCUAGCGUCCAUUUCUACUAUGACGAUGUGGCAAGGUGUAUAUACCUACUAGGUGUGGUUCGACCCGAGAGUUAUUGCUUCUGCUCACAUAUAACCAGUAAAGAUACAUCAUUAAAGAGUACCAACAAAAAUGUACUGCUGGAUGAACGACAAAUAAUUAGUGACGAAAAUACUGAAGAAGCAGAAGACGAAACGCUGAGUGAGACACAACGGAUUCGCCAUGAGGUUGAUACUUUUCAGCACGAGAAGAUCAAGAUGCAAGUACUUUUGUACACCAGUUGUAACAUACUGUUUGUGCUUAAAGAAGAUGCGAGGAUGACCAUUGAAGUUUUAAGAGACAUUCGCGCCUUGGCGGCGGAGAAGAUGCAAGUGCUGAACCUCGUUCCAGCACCAUCAAAGCAUUUGAAGCGUGAUAGUGGCCACUUGAAAGGCUCGUCGGCUUCGUUAAGUGGAAGAGGGAAUGCAUUCGCCCCUGGUCGUUGUGUGCCGCUAGUGGUUUACGUUGUUCCACCACCUGAUAACAUUUUGUAUGGCUCGACCAAGACACAAGGAUCUGGACAUUUGCGCUCAAUGACGGUAUCCUACUGCAAGGCAUUAGAGACACGUUUGUCAAUUCUGUUUAGGUCGUUGCGCAGUAAUACCGUCGGCUUAAUUCGCAUGCGUGACACACUGAGUGCCGCUAAUCUGAGCAAAGAAAGACGACUAUUUAACUUGGACCCAGCUCAUUGUGUUGUUGUCGUUUCGAGACGUACAGUUACAGCUGAUGGCCGACCAGUGGCACAGCUCGAAAAUCUUCUAGACGCAAUGGACUUGGCUAUCGAUACUAACGAUAUUAAAGAUGAUUCGUUGCUACAAUCAUUGGCAAAUGGCGACAUGGGGAUACAGCGGCUGAAACAGUACCUGCAAAAGUAUCUUAAUCUGCUUUUUUCGUUCUCGCCGACCAGCAGUAAGGAUGGUGGGCGCACUGAAUUGCUAAGCCCUUCGCAAUGGGUUAAAGCUUUUCACGUGCUGGCCAAAGACUACAACCGCAUGGACUCGAAGAGAAAACAUGAAGUAACGACAUUGGAAAAUAUUCAAAGUGCAGUGUGA